AUGAAGGACUGUCCUUUACAGGAUCAGGUCGUUCUGGGUGGCUUCCUUUGUAUGCUGUGGGCAGGCCUGAGAUUCUCAGAUGGACAGCGUAUCAACUUGCAAUCAUUAUCAUGGUGCAUCACGGCACUGCGUGGCUCAUGCUUUCAGACCAAGACAACUAAAUCCGGCCAACCUUGGGCCCUGCAGGCGAGGGGUUUCCUGUCUCGAGGCGAUUGGUCAUGGACAGCUCAGUGGUUGGUGGCGCUGGAUACCAUUUGGGGACCGAUGCACAACGCUCAGACUGCCUGUGAUUUUUUGCUUCCCAUGACAUUGGACACUGGAUUUGUGCAGCCUAUGAUUCCCAUGAGUUACUCUCAAGCAUUGAAGUGGAUGCGAUUUAUGUGCACACUGCCCUGGAAACUUUCAGACACACCACUGUCUGCCAAUCCAAAUGAUUAUACGUUGCAUUCAUUGAAGACCACUACUUUGUCCUGGUCCAAUCAGUUGGCCCAGCAGGGCCUCGUGACGGAGGAGCAGCGACACCUCCAAGGCCACCAUCGACGUGGCAGCAUGCGCCUCUACAGCCGGGAUGACACCGCCGGCCAGCUGGCACUGCAGGACACCCUCAUCACCCAAGUGCAAUCUGGAUAUCGAUUUGUGACACCGUUGCAUCGUGGAUCACAGCAACCGAUCCGAGAACCCCCAGUCAAAUUAGAAAGCUUUGCCAAGUCAUACCAAGAGCACCGAUGGACAUUUUUUCCAUUCAACAACGCUGUCAAAGACCCUCUGUUGAAAGGUCAGCCAACGGCACUUGCCACCAUUGACUCAGGGGACGAGAUCACGGUGGAAAGCGAACACAGUUUCGAAAUUGAAGAAACAAUUUUUGGAAGACUAUCCAUCAGAAGCCUUAGCCCAGACACGAUGCCCAGUUCUCGAUUGCUUUCGAUGGCGUUUCAGCAUCAUAGCAAGCGUGAGUAUCCAUGGAUCCCUUGGCGUUAUCGAAUGUCACAAUCCAAAAUGGAUGAUAUGAUGAUUUACCAUAAGCCCAAAGUCCCCCGCAUUGAGGGUCUUCAAUUACACCAAUUGUUGCUGGACGAACCUCCGGCCUUGGACAUCAACAACACUGGGAUGGGCGUGAACGCAAUCCGCAACAUGAUGGAUAUUCACAACACUGCGAUGGCGUUGGUGGGAGCAUGUCACCUCCAACGAUUGCGGGCAUACUCCUUACGCUUCAUGAGCUUCUUGACCCAGCGUUUGGACGGAGAUUCUGGACUCCGGACGCCGAACGUACUGGAGGCACAGGCAGCAGACAAACAACUAUGGAAUCUGAUUCACGAAUUGGUGUUGGAUCAAGGAUUUACAUUGGACAACGCCUUACACGAGGUGACUCACCUGAGGGCGGACAUGGCCUCCCUUUUGCAGCCAAGAGCCAAGGUCACCUCACGACCUAUGGGUUCAACCUCAUCUUCGGCUUCGACCACCACAGCCCCCAAGGGCAAGAGUAAAGGAAAAGGAAAAUCCAAAUCCAUUGGCAAGAACACCAAAGGCGAAGCUCAAGGACGACCAACUUGGGUGACAGAAGCAACGAUUCAGGGCAAGAAGCAGCAGCUCUGUAUGCAAUUCCAAUCUGGUCGCUGUCAGAAGGGUGACCUCUGCAAGUUUGGCCACUUCUGGGCCGCCCCAAACUGUGGUGAGUACAGCCGACUCAAACUGAAGCCUCAUGGACCACCAGCAUUGCGGACACCUGAGUUUAUGCAAGGCCUUCCUGGUCUCACUCCAGCCCAACUUGACCGAGUCCAAGCGAGCUAUGAACUGAUGACCCGAUGCGUUUUGUGCUUGGAAUUGGUUUACUCUGCAGGAUCCAUUUGCAAUCACCCCAAAGACUCCCAUGAACCCAUUUCUGGCGUUCGACAUGCGGAUGGAACCUUUAAGAGCCGCGACACUGCUGAAUACCCGGAACCAAUGUGUGCGGCGAUUGCCAACUUGAUUGCACCACUCUGCGCUUCUGACACUGGUCAACAAUUGACGUGGACAACAGUACAACAAUGCAUCCCUGUGAAGGGUUCUUGUGAUUUUCCGGUGAGUUAUGAAGAUGGUGGUGGCCUCAACUCUGAACCCGAUUGGAGUCGUCCACAUCGGGCUACUCCUGACAGCUUGAAGCAACUUCGACAAGACUGGGUUCAAUUGAUCCUUCACAAUGGGAUGCUGGACAAAAUGCAAGCAUUUUUUCGGGCCCAUGAAGCCCAACCACCCUUUUCUGCAGAAGACUUGGCUCCAUUUCGACACUCCCUGGAACGUUUUAUACAAUCUCAUGGCAUGAUGGCAGACUGGAGCAUUCGCAUGGACCAACCCAUGCACCUUGAGAUUAUGGCGGCCAUUUCAAGAAUUAUGCAAGACAAAGACAAUUCCCUGUUUGAUAUGUUACGACAUGGAGCUCCGACAGGAAUCCAAUCGGAUAUCCCACCUUCAACCAUUUUUCCUCGUGCCGAAGACAAAGCAGAUGAUUCCAUCCCUUUAUCCAUCCACAUGACUAACUGGCAAUCUGCAGAAUCAGACUUGGAGACCACUCGUGACUUGGUCAACCAAGAGCUGGAAAAGGGAUGGAUCUACGAGUAUCAUGGCACCUUGGCAGAUGCACAAGCAGAAUUUGGGGACAAGUUAGCCAUUGGACGUCUCGGCCUUGCUCUCAGCGAUCAUCGGCCCCCUCGCUUAGUUGUUGACUCAUCAAUAUGCCAUUGGCGUAACGUCAUGGCUUGUCUGGACAAUGAUUUGAAAUUUACCAGUACACCCACAGGCCAAAACAACUUUGGACUGGCGAGUGCGCAGCUGACGCAUGUGCUCAUGGCAUUUCCCCUGUCGAUGUGGUGCCUGGGUGUAGGGCAGCUGCAGCCCCUCUCUGCAGUGCGGUACGAAAACGGUGGAGGUCAACAGCAGCUGUCUCGAGGGCGUCCGCCGCACCAGCUUCCAGGGGCUCAGAAAAAUGCCUUGGGUGCUUUAGUCUUUCACAGCGCCCGGGACUUUCGCAGCUGGUUGGAACGUGGCGAAGGCGAUGGCGAGAAGGUUUUUACCAAUGCACAGCUGCGAGAAAGGCUUGCUGAUCCAAAUCGCUUCUUCGAGUCCCCCAUUUUGUCGGGCAAAUCUGAUACUUUGCCAUCGGAGGUGAAAUCGCUGGCGGAGAGGGCCGCGCCUUUGCUGGGUGUAGGUUCCGGCACCCAGCGUUGUGCUGUGAAUCGCUGUGCGGCUGGUGUCUCUGAGUCGGAGCAUUUGGUGCGUUUGUUGGCUGCAGAACGUCUCAGUGCGUUGCCGGUGCUGCAUUUCGAUGGAUCCAUCUACGAGCUUUUGGACGUGGGCGGAUUGGCAGGAGUGUUGCCAUCUCUGGCGAACUUGCUGCACGUCGAACGCUGCGAGGCCUUGCAAGCUUUAGCAGUGGUCUUGCGUGGUGCGCACGAUGACGCUCAUCCCUUUGCAGCCCAAUGCCGGGAGCUGGCAGAGAAGCUUUUGUCGGAGGAUUUGGAGAAAAAACUCUGGGAACUCUACAUGAAGGUCUCAAGCUGUCCUCGCUUCUCAGCCUCCCCAGAGCAUUCAGAGGUUGAGACAGUGGUGAAGCAAGGUUUGGAGUUGCAGCUGUGCGUUUUGGAAUGCUUGCUGUUGGCGGGCUAUGACCCUCAAAUCAGCAGGAGAGAUCCAGAGCAGAUCUGCCGAAUUGCCGAGGAAUGCUACCGGCAGCGGUUUUUGGGUAGCCUCCCAAGGGCAGCGCAUCUGCAUCACUGGCUGUUGGGUGAUGCAGAAAUUUGCAGCCAAGCUCAGUGCGUGGGAGACUUGUGCCUGACUUUGUUCAUUGAGCAUCUGGAUCUAGAGGACCUAGAGGCGAUGUGGAGAGCUGCGCGCCAUCCCUUGCUGUCGAGCCCAGAGCAUGUGAAGCAUUUGCACAAGCUUAUCGAAGGCUGGGUCGAGAUCUGUCGUCACGCCACCAUCCCAGCGGAAGCCACCCCGGCCACCAAGCACUGUGGGCGUCAUGUAGCGCUGGCGGUGCUCGCCUGGUCAGUACUUCUGGGAUGCAUGCCAGAGAGCUUUCGCGAGAGUCAGGGCUUCAGCUUCAAGCGCUUUUUCAGCAGCGCCGUCUUUCAGACGGAAAUCCUGCAGGAUGCCGUGCUCAGCAUCCAGGUGUACCGAACACCUGGUGCAAUUGAUCUCAAUUUGGGUUGGCGCUUCAGACGAGAGCGCAGUGCAGCCAGACGUGCCUGGUUCCUACAUCGCACAGGUGUGGCUACGCUGGACAGUCUUGGCCUUUGGAAAUUGGUGAAGAAACUCUCCAAUCACCAUUCACGAGAUUUACAGUUUUUGAAACACAUCAAAAAGCACGCAAAGAUGACACAAGAGCUUUGGCCCUGGAAGUGCACGAGCUGUCAGAGGAUCAACAAGAAGACGGCCAUGGAAUGCGCACUUUGCCAUUCCCAUUGGUCAACAGGCACGCGACAUCGGACCCAGCCCCAUCAACAGAGAUUCCAGGAUCAGACAUGGGAAGCCUGGGAAGCCGACGACCAAGCCUGGAAUCGACAGAGGGCGCAGUCGAGAUCGCAGUCAAGAUCUUACAGUCCCAGAAGUCGCACAAAGGGGAAAGGAGGGAAGAAUCAAGUCAAGGGCAAAAAGAGCAAAGGAGGAGAAGGAAAGAGCUCGGGCAAGAACCCAGCAGUGGACAAGCCAGCACCUUCCCCAUUUGCACCAUUGGCAGCGGAAAUGCCACCAUGGCCAGCCCAAGAGAGUGUGAGCUCCAAUCUUCUCCCUGCAUUGCCAACUGCACCAACCGGUGUACCCAAUCAGGAAGUUGCAACCAUGCUCAGGAGUGCUUACUCGGAGACCAAUCCUAUGCCACAGGAUGUGAAAGAGUAUAUAGAGAGAUUGGAAAAGGAGACGGCGAAGACCGUCACAAAAACGCUCCAUUCGGCCACUACAGCCAUGGGCAAAGCACAGAAGACCCUUGCAGAGACUUUGGAUGCAAAGAAGCAGCACAAAGCCCGAUGGACCGCACAUAUCACAGAAGCCAUCAAAACAUGGCAAUCGCAGCUCCAGGAUUUCCGCAAGCAACAGAAUACCCUCCAAGAAGUGGCAAACAAAGCAAAAGCAGACAUAGAGCAAUACAAGACCAGCAUCCAGCAGCUGACCACUACAGUGCCGGGUGCUUCCCUUGCAGCAAUGCCUUCGAUGCCGACUGCCACAGAAGUCGAGGACUCGGAUGCAGACAACAUGGCGGAGAAGCUACAGUCACAAUUGCAAAAGGUUCUGAGAUCAUGCGCAGAGUCUCUGGGAAUGGAACUGCCAGCUGUACCAGCAGAUCUGGAGACAGAAGACCUGACCAGAGAAUCAGAAGAGGAAGAGAAUGUCAGAAAGCGGCCACGCUCGCUAGAACCCUUUGGAGGUUCAUCGCAAGUUGGCCUGCCCUUGGAUGCCAAGAUGUGGUUUCAACAAACUGAGGAGGUUCAAGAGCAAGAGCAGACCGAUCCUGAGGAUGCCAACCAUUUUCUGCAUGAAGCACCAGAUGCGCUGCAAAAUUUGUUUGACGCACUACAAGAGGAAGUCCUUUUUGAUGUCAUUUUGUCGCAAGGUCUAGAUGCUCCGAGACGUGCAGGACUUGUCACCAUUCUGCAGAGAGAUGAUCGUGCUGGACGUGCAGCCUUCUCAGUUGGGGUCUCACUCUCGGAAAGAACCAGCGGACAUCAAAUUGUGCAAUCUGCAGAAUACCUCCAUGAGUGCAAUCUCCAUGCCUGCAGAAUACGUCAUGGUCGAGUGCACAUACCAUUCACGAUGGAGCCUGUUCAUGACAUGUUGGACGGAGAUUCCUUUACUGUUGCAGUAAGCACACAAAAUACUCUGAACAAUGAGAGCAUUGAUGUGCCUAUGGAACCACCCCAACCCAAUCCGCCUGAGCAUUCUGAUCAUGACAUGCAUUUUGAUGAGGAAUCAAUCGAUCCUUCACCCAGCAUUGCCAAUACAGAUGACCUUUUAGUUGGAGUGCACAUCCAUAGGCUGGGACACUGGCAGAGACAUGGAAGAAUCAGAUGGGACACCGUAGCUCAUGCGCUCAUUGACGCGGCUGCGGUUGUGAACCUGCCGCCAUCAGAUUUUGUGGGGCUCCACCAUUUGCAAGUUGAGCCUGAUGACCACCAUGAUGAAAGCCAUUCCAUCAUUCUGCAGCAUUUUCUGGAUAUCGCACCAGGUUCGACGGAAAAACUCAUCCUCAUCGACAUUGAAAUGCAUGAUCCGGCCAGAACUCACACUUUUCCCAAAGCACCGGUUGUUUCCAGGCGUGUUUACAAAGUUGUCCCGACAUUGGUCAGACAACAUAUUUUGCACCUUACACACACGGCUGCGUAUUGUGAGUGGCAUGAUCAGGACUGCAUUGUUUUUCACAAUCAUGAGCUCUGGCAGAAACAGGACCUCGGACCGAGACAGUUUGAACAUGGCAUGUACCUUCGAGUGAUUGUACCCCCACCGCCAUCUCCACAGUGGGAAAUCAGCCGUGCCAUCCAAGCGUUUCAUGAUGCUGUUGCAUGUUUUGACUGCCCGGCUGCCUACCAUGUUGCAAUUGCGUCUCUUGAACCUUCAACGGGCAGUGAAGCACAGGACACACAUGGUUCCAGAUUGCGGCAAGCCAAAUCCUCUGAGAAUGAAGAGGCUAUUGACGUCCCUAUGAUUUUGGGACCGCAUGUCCGAAUGAGACGCUUAAGACCAGAGCAUGAUGGAUCUGAGACCUGGCUUUGGAACCUGGGUCAGAUUUUUUCCACGCAAGCUGUUGCUGAAACGGUUGAAGGUCUUUCCGCGGGAGUCUUGACGGCAUUGUUGGAAGGACCCCGCAGUGAUGCCAUGAUUCAGGGUGCGUUUUCCACACCGAGAUUCCUUAGGAAGCAAGACCUCAUUGAUAUCAUGGAGAUUGAGCAUUUUUGUACUGGUCGUAGAUGCACAGCGUACCGACACCGUGAGCCGGUACACCUUGUGGUUGCAACUGAAGUUGAGUCUGGUUACAGCAUCAAACUGUACAUUGAGUCUCCAAGAGAACAACUGCCACACGCACCAAGUGAACAACCCAAUCACUUUGAAGAUUUGUCGUUGAUGCAGACUGGUUCGACCCUCUCACAAGCGACCGGAUUUGCCGUGGACAUGCCACCACAAAAUCCUGAAUGUGCUCCGUAUCAAUUUGAUGCACACGCAGCCACAUUCCAGCCUGGACAGCUAUUUAUCAGUGGACAGACUGAAUUUGUUCAAGACCUCUAUGCGCAAUGGACACAAACUGCGUUCAGCUGGGAAGAGGAAGCAAUGUCGACUGAUGUCAUUACAUGGUUUGUUGACCACCGACAUGGCCAAGCCAAUUGCCUUUCCAGUAGAAAUGUCCGACUGUUUGCCAACUAUUUUGACUGGGAACGACUCAUCGAGCAAGCCUGGCAGGACUUGAUUGUUGAUGGCCUCCCACGAGAAUUUCAUUUUGUGCUACCACACCCGCCGCGAUUGGAGCACAACGCAGUAUGGAUUGAUGAACAUCACUUGCCACCAGGAACUGGUGUUGCUGUCACAGUGCCUAUCGAUUGGAAACAAGAGUCUGAGGUCAUUCACAUCAUCUACUGCCCAGCUCAGGACACGGCUAAGGAGUUCCAGGAUAUCAUCUUGCACAGCACCAAUGAACCUGUUGAUGAGCUCCUCCACAUGAGGAUUUUGCACCAGCACGAUUUCCUCAGAGCUGUUGUAGUUUCUGUUCAACACCUGCGCACUGGCCUUGUCCAAGUCAAUUUUCGCAAUAACAGACCAGAACUCGAGGAGCAUCGACAUCCGGCACGACAAUGCAGUGUAUGGCCAUCGCCGCAGCCAAGUCGCCGCCAUUCCCAAAUUUUCAAACCAGAUUGCCCAGAGCGCGCCCGACCUUUGCAUUGCCUUUCACUUGGCAUUUCACACCAUGAUCUUAAUGCCUUUUUUCAGUCUGCGCAGCAUGUGUUAUGUCCUUGGUACAGCCACUUGGAGUUGCCGUCCUUUGUUCGACAAGGCAUUGAUCACACUGCCACUACUGAAGGCAUUGAAUUUGAUGCCACAGGUUUUGAUCGCUUGAUCAUUUAUACUGAUGGUUCAUCCAAACCAAGUGAACGUAGAAAGCCACCUCUCAGAGUCGCUGAGCAAGGCACGCCCGAUGCCUGGGCUUUUGCGGUCAUUGGCGAGAGGUAUGCGACAGAUGGUCAUCCUGGCUCACUCACCCUCCUGGGUUGGCAAGCCCAGUGUGUCAUCUAUGAGACUGACAGUAAUGCUUUCACGGGCACAGACCAGAUUGGUGCAGAAUUCUCUGAAAGGGAGGCACUGCUCUUUGCGGGGCUUUGGAGACUCUCGCUCAAUAGCAAUAUCCCCACAGUUUUUAGAACAGAUUCGACAACCACUGCAGACCAGGCUUUUGGCGUUGCUGGUUUUACGCAUUUCCACACCACACAUGAAUUGCUGCGUGGCACUUUUCAAGCCUUACAGUCCAGCCUCGAUGCAGAUGCACUGGACUAUUCUCAUGUCAGAGGCAAGUUGAGUUUCCUCAGAGGCCAAGUGCAAUCGCAUGCCCUCAACAUCGUUGGGAUUCAGGAGGCUCGUAGCCCAGCAGGAAUGAGCAUUGCUGAGGACGUGUUGCGACUAGCAAGUGGAGCAGACAAGGGCAAGUUUGGGGUGGAGCUAUGGGUCUCUCUUGUGCAACCGUAUGGAUAUCUGGGGACCGUGACACGUCAGCCAACUGCCAUGAUAUUUUUAGAUUUGACUGAAGCCUUCUAUCGCACUUUGCGACCACUGGCGAUUGGAAGUGAGUUGUCAGAUCAUUGCAUCAGCCUCAUGUGUCACAGAUUGGGUUUUGAUCCCGAUGCCAUGCAUGAACUCCAUGCGCUGCUCCAAGAGCCCUCUGCCUUAGAUGAGGCUGGGGUGCCAGCACACGUAUCUCGUGUCUUCCGUGCGCUGCACCGAGACACAUGGUUCAAGUUAGGUGAACAAACUGACAUCGUCAGGACAGAGAUCGGUUCGAGACCAGGCGAUUCGUUCGCCGACAUAGUUUUUGGUUUCUUGUGGGCCAAGCUAUUGAAACGCAUCGAAUCCACUCUGGUUGCGCAUGACAUCCUCGAGCAUGUCCCUGAAGUCUCGAUGCCAGACCCAUAUCAAACACAGACAGGCAGAUUGAUUCCGCUCUUAGGGCCCACAUGGAUGGACGACCUGAACAUCCUGCUCACUGCUUCGAGCAAUGGCGCACUCGUUGCCAAAUGCCAAUUGACUCUUAGCAUUUUGCUGGACGCUUGUGCCAACUUCCAGAUGGUUCCUAACCUAAAGAAGGGAAAAACAGAAGCAAUGCUCACUUUCAGAGGAGCUGGCUCCCGUGAGCUCCGACGGACCUACUACAGCCACAACUCUGGCCUACAUGUUGUAUGCGAACAUGCCACGCACACGAUUGCUGUAGUAAGUAGGUACCUCCAUCUCGGUGGGGUUGUCCACCACCGUGACUGCAACCGACAGGAGAUCAAACGACGCUUGGCCAUGGCUCACCAGGCCUUCCAACAGCACCGUCGACUCCUGUAUAGAAACCAAAGCAUUGCGUGGCACACUCGAUGCCAACUGUUUCAAUCGCUGAUUCUCAGCAAACUCACAUACGGUAUGGAGAGUUGGACUUUCCCCACCAAGAGCUGCCGAGACCAGAUCCACAUCGGCAUUAUGAAGUUGUAUCGCAGAUUGCUUGGAGUCCGAUACUCAACACACCUUUCGGACACCGAAGUCCUUGUUGAGACGGCGCUCCCAGAUCCCACCGAACUCUUGCGAAGAGAACGGUUGCGGUACUUCGGCACUCUGCACAACUGUGGAACUCAAGCACAUUGGGGAGUCUUGCAAGACGACCAGGAGUGGAUCGAGUUAUUACAAGAUGACCUCACAUGGCUUUGGCAACAGCUUCGAGGGUCCACAAACUUGCUUGACCCAGUCCAUCAUUUUGCUCAAUGGCAAGAUCUCAUUGUCCAUCAUGGCAAAUUUUGGAAAAAGCUCAUUCGGAAGGGCAUUACACAUGCAGCUUUGCAGAGAAAGAAUGAAUUUCAUGCCAUUGAACUCCAUGUCAGAAUGGGACAGAUGCUUCAAGCAGAGGCCCUUGUGGAUAAGCUCCCAGAGCACCAAGAAUAUGCAGCUGGUUUUGUGCGCUCAAAUCACUUUGGUUGCAUGCAGUGCAGAAGCAAAUUUGCCACUUAUGCUGGUGAGUGCGUACAUAUGUGCUUGCACACCUUCGCCAAGUCUCGAGAUGCCGGGAGAUUCUGCAGGGACGACGUUUUCAGUGCAGUCCUGUCCCGGGAGCAGGCCCAUGGACCACAGCCGCAGAACCAUGUACGCAGACAAAGGGAUCCCUUUGACUUGGUAUUUUUGGAAGCAGUUUAUCUUCAUUUGCUAGAUUUACCGCCGACAGAAGAUUUGCGCACAUCGCUCUGCGCAUUCAUCCAGACUUAUCCCAUCAGUUGGACGCAAUGCCAGCGCACAUUGCAUCAGUUUAUUGCGCAAAUCACACCUGACGACGCUUCGACAUUGGCAUUUACGAUGCAAGAGGUUGUGGAUUGUUUGCGUUCUCUGGCAGAUGCACACAGUUGGCCUUUCCUUCAUGAUGUGGAACAAGCCCCAAGCACCAAAAGUCCAACCACAUUACCAGAAUGGGAGACUUGGUUUGCUGACCUUGCGGUUAAUCCACCGGACCACUGGAGUACAUUGCAGCCAAUGCCACGAGCACUCACCAAGCAAAGGAUUCUCCUUCACGCUUUUGCAGGCAGACGGAGGCAUGGCGAUGUUGAAUGGUAUCUUGAGCAUUUGCACCGACAAUGUGAAGGUUUUGUCAUCCUGACAGUCUCACUUGACAUCAUCAUCGAUUCCAUUUAUGGUGAUAUCGCAAAGAAGGAGACACGUUCCUUUUGGCUGCAUUACAUUCGCAUGGGAUACAUUGCAGGUUUUCUUGCGGGACCUCCUUGCAAUACGUGGAGCAAAGCACGAUCCAUCAUUUUGCCGGAUGGGAAGGGACCUCGUGUCAUUCGGACACCUACGCAACCUUGGGGCAUUGAGUCACUCAGGUCUGGUGAGCUAUUCCAAAUUUCCUUAGGCACCAUUCUCCUUGGUUUUGCACUCGAAGCCAUGCUGGCUCUUGCGUUGCAUGAAGGUUCUGGUAUUCUUGAGCAUCCAAAAGACAGUGGUGACCCGGAAGCUGUGAGCAUCUGGCGACUGCCGGUCGUCCAAAUGCUCUUACAGCUCCCAGGAAUGCGGCUUGUUCACAUGUCCCAAGGGCUCUAUGGCGCCCCAUCGCCCAAGCCAACUACGUUUCUGACAUUGCGACUGCCCCAUCUUGAGAGCUGUUUGCACAAAGGCAUGCUAUCUAAGCGAUUGCCGACAGGAACUGCAGUGGGCAAGGACGACAAAGGGCACUUCCAUACAGCCCCAUUGAAAGAAUAUCCACCUGGUUUAUGCCGUGCCAUUGCAGCGGGCUUUUACCAGGAUUUUUGCAUCCCAGGCAUCAGUGCGGAGCACGAGCCGUUGCCGACUGAGCGUGGCUUCCUGAUGUCUGACAGCCGCAAUGCCAAGCAUUUAGCAGCACGUUCAGUCGCCAGGGGCCUGGUGAGCAUGGUGGCGAAAGCCUUUCGUUUGGAUGGUCCCAUGGCGCCUGCCCAUCUGGCCAUCUCCAAAUUAGCGAGCAUGGCAUUCUUGGAUGAACAUGCAUGCCUCGAGUUCUGGAGGUUGGACUAUCCCAAACGUCAAGGUGCUUUUCUGAUCCUCCACGCCUGGCUCAUGGCUUUCCCAAGGAAUCUGCCGGCGCUGUUGGAAUUGCUGUGUGGCUUGGGGCAGGGACCUGCUGCGGAAUAUGUUGCAGAACUCUUGCAGGCUCCACUGAACAUGAUGCGCUUGCCCUACCGCUUGCUACGUCACAUCACGGAGUUUGAGGAGAGUGCCCCAUCCUCCAGCACUUGGCAACUGCGCGCGCAACUGCUCCUGCAACAACCAGCUUAUGUGGAGGAGCUGGCCCUGCGGCUCUUGGGCCUGGAGCUUCCAGAGAACCACGUGUCCAGCUGUCGAGUCCUGUGCGCCGGCUCCACCGGAGUGUUGCAACAAGACAGGUGGGUACCAGGUGGUCAUGGUGUGUGGUCAAAACCGUCUAACUACAGGGAUAUUUUAUGGGGAUAUCAUAUAUAUAUAUAUAUAUCAUAUAUGUAUAUAUAUAUGUAUAUAUCAUAUGUAUAUAUAUAUAUAUAUACAGACACAGCCUAUAAUCCCAAUAUUGUCUCCCAUUUUGCUUGGGAGAUCAUUUUCAUUUUUUUUUAA